UUUUUUUCAAAAAAUAUGUACUGCCGUUAUCCCCCGGUUUGUUUACAUUGUCAGCUGAGAGCACACUGCCGGAGCGGUGAUUAUGAGAUGGCAAUUAAACUUCUGAGAACUCUGCAGUGGCGGCUGAUUUCAACACGAAACGCUAUUCAUGCACCGUCUUUCUUAUCAUGUGUUGAUAUUUUUCAUAAUGAACCAUGGACAGGAAAACUGAGAUAUUGCUCGGUGUCUGAGAUUAUACCAAACAGUGACCUAGAUGUAAAAUCAAAGAGCUUAGACAUAUCUAGAGAGUUACAGAAUAAGGGUAUCAGCAGGUUUUCAGAAGGACAGAUUGAAUCUAUAUACCAAAUGCUUUUAGAUUUAGGCAUUAAAGCAAAGACGAUUGACAGUCAGCUCGUGGAAACCCCUGACAUCCUGAACUACCCAGCAGAGAAGUGGAAUAGUAUAUGUGAAGUUUUUGUAGAACAUGGAAUAUCUAGCUAUAACAUCUUUAAGAAUAUUGUAAUGUACCCAGAUCUACUCCAACAUCGACCAUCAAAGCUGAGGGAUACUCUCCUGCAGUACAAAGCAAUAACUAUUGGGAAAGAAAAUGUUCUGCAACUCAUCCAGAGGUAUCCAGUCCUCUAUUUAGUACCUCCAAGGAAAAUCAAGAAGCGACUUGCACUCUUAAAUACUAUAUUUGCCCCAGCAGAAUUAAGGCCAUUGAUUAGAAAUAACCCAAAUAUUCUGUGUGAUGAUUGGCAAGAUGUUUCAGACAAGAUGAUGUACAUUCACACUGAAAUGGGGCUAGAGCAACCACAGAUAUCUGCUAGUCAAGCCUUACAGAAGUCUCUUAUGCACAUCAAAACUCGGCACUUGUUCCUGAGCAGGGCUGGACUCUAUGUAAAACCCAACUUGCUGCGAGAUAAAAUGAGCUACAGGAGAAACCCAUCCUUGUCGGAUAUCACUGAUACUUCAAACAGAUUUUUUGCAAAUAAAGUUGCUAAAUUGUCUGAGGAAGAAUAUAAAGUUUUUAGUGAGAUGAUAAGAGAAGAAUUGGAUGCAUCGCAAAGUGACUCUGAUGACAGUGAGGAUGAAGAACAUCAUGCAGAUGUAUAACUAGGUGUGCUGUUUCUGAAUAGAAAUUUGUAAAUAUUUAUACAGUGAAGCAGGAUUUUCUUGUAGAAGAUUGUAAAUAAAGUUAUAUAUAAUAUA